CCCUCUCUUUCCAGUAUUUCUACAACCCCUCCAUCUUCUCAUCAGCUCGAACUUCUCUCUCAUCACACACACUCCUCGCCCCCCAAAACACAACGAUAUACCUUCUCCGAGCAAACAAUCUGAUACGUUAAAUUAUCGAGAUGUCCGAGAUCAAGCUUCUCAGCUCCGAUCAGGCUACGAUCACCGUGGAGAAAUCCGUGGCUGAGCGUUCCAUUUUGAUCAAGAACAUGCUUGAGGAUGUUGGUGAAGUAACUGAGGCUAUACCGAUUCCUAACGUCAAUGAAAACGUUUUGAAGAAGGUUAUCGAGUGGUGCGAGCAUCACAAGGGUGAUCCCCCUGCUCAAGCCGACGAUGACUCCGAUAGCCGGAAGAAGUCUUCCGAUAUCGACGAAUGGGAUCAAAAGUUCAUGCAAGUUGACCAGGAAAUGUUGUUCGAAAUAAUUCUUGCCGCGAAUUAUCUCGAUAUCAAGCCCCUUCUUGACGUUGGUUGUAAGACGGUUGCGAAUAUGAUCAAAGGAAAAUCUCCUGAGGAGAUUCGCAAAACCUUCAACAUCCAGAAUGACUUUACACCGGAUGAAGAGGAACAAAUCAGACGCGAGAACGAAUGGGCGGAGGAUCGUUAAAUCACCUCUAGAACCGAUCAUUUUCUUCUUUUCCACCUGCCUGCCGAUAGCCUUCGGGUUAACUUGGAAACCGGGCGAUGUCUUAUGGGCGAGAAUCGAAAAAAACAAACCCUUAAAAAAAUGGGGAAAGCUGUUUAGGUUCCAUGUCUUGUUUCUGCGGGAACCGUGACUUGUUUCGUUGUUCUUUUUUACCUUCGUAGUGGGCAAUGAAACAAAAAAAACAGGGGCAAUCUUACACGCCAUCGUAAUUUUUUUCUACCUUUUGCUUUCCUUUUCCUUUCUUUUUUCCACUUUCUUAAAUACGGUAUUGGUGGGGCAAGGAGCUGGGGUUGGGCGGCAUCUGGCUAGUCUUUGUUUAGCAUGGUUUCGUGUUUCCCAACUUUUUUUCGAUGUUACUAAAUUCCAACGGCGUUGUGAUAUUUGUGAUGAA